GUUACGCUCUCCUGUAUAGCAACCAUGAAGCGCAAAUUGAACGAAAACGAUGUACCCGAGCCUACCACGAGCAAUGGCGACUCCGAAUCAUCCUCGAAAUCCACCUUCGCCGCCCUCAAUCUCGAUGCCCGCCUUCUGCAAUCCGUGAACAAGCAAAAGUUCAGCGCGCCGACCCUUGUGCAGUCCAAGACGAUCCCUCUCGCGCUCUCAGGGAAGGAUGUACUCGCUCGAGCAAAGACUGGCUCGGGAAAGACUCUCGCCUACCUGCUUCCCACGAUCCACGCCAUCCUGCAACGCAAAGCUGGAUCACAGAAGUCCAAAGCCACCACCACGCUGAUUCUCGUCCCGACAAAAGAGCUUGCUACGCAGGUUACGAAAAGUGUGAAGGAAGCGACGACAUUCUGUGCAUCGGACAUCAAGUGUGAGAAUAUCACAAGGAACGAGGAUCAGAGUGUUACAAGAGCAAGAUUGACCGAGCUACCGGACAUCGUGGUUGCGACGCCAGCGAGGGCGAAUCAGUGGGUCAAUAACGAAGUGCUGAAACUCGAGGGAUUGAAGCAUUUGAUCAUUGACGAGGCGGAUCUCGUAUUGAGUUAUGACGGAGAAGAAGAUUUGCGUGCACUGGCCGGCUUACUACCGGAUGGAGUGCAGAAGUUGAUGAUGUCUGCGACGCUGAAGACGGAGAUUGAUACGUUGACAAGCUUGUUCUUCGCCGAAGGAACGAAGCCGGAGAUUCUGGAUCUGAGUGCAGAAGAGGCGAAAGAGAAGGCUACGUUGGCACAAUAUACACUGCGCACGGCGGAAGACGAAAAGUUUUUGCUGAUUUAUGCGAUCUUCAAAUUGCAGCUCAUACGUGGCAAAGUCAUUGUCUUCGUGGCAGACAUUGAUCGCUGUUAUAGGGUCAAGCUGUUUUUGGAACAGUUUGGAAUCAGAAGCUGCGUGCUGAACUCGGAGCUGCCAGUGAAUAGCAGAUUGCACGUGGUGGAGGAGUUCAAUCGAGGAGUGUACGAUAUCAUCAUUGCGGCAGAUGAAGGCGAGGUUGUCGGCAAGGAAGAGGGCAAGAAGCAGCAGAAGGUGGAAGAAGUACAAGAGGGGGAAGAAGAAGAGGAAGAGGUCGAGGGUGAUGCUGAAGCCGAGCCUGUUGCUACGGAAGAUGCUGCGACGAGACCUGCAAAGAAACAAAGGCGCUCGAGAAAAGAUCGUGAGUACGGCGUCUCGCGUGGUAUCGACUUCAGGCACGUCACUUGCGUCCUCAACUUCGACCUUCCGACAUCGAACAAAUCCUACACGCACCGAAUAGGUCGGACAGCGAGAGCUGGUCAAUCAGGCAUGUCAUUGUCGUUCUACGUCCCCAAGGAUCUCUACCGCAAACACAAACCUACAAGCAUCGAGCAAUGCGAACACGACGAAAAGGUUCUUGCGAAGAUUGUGGCCAAGCAAGCAGAGAAAGGCUCCGAAGUAAAGGAGUGGGGUCUCGACUGGACCAAACUUGACGGCUUCCGCUACAGAUUAGCAGACGCCCUACGCGCCGUAACUCGAAUUGCCGUCCGCGAAGCACGAACCAAAGAACUCCGCAACGAACUGAUCAAGUCUGAAAAGCUGAAGCGCCACUUCGAGGAGAAUCCUGACGACUUGCGACAUCUGCGGCACGAUACAGAAACGCAUGCAGUCCGCGCGCAACCGCAUCUGAAACAUGUUCCGGAGUAUCUGCUGCCGCAGGGAGGCAAGGCAGCUGUCGCGAAGGAUGUAGGAUAUGUUGGGAUGAAAAAAGAUCGAGUGAAUGGCAUUCGUAAUCGGAGAGCUACGAAUAAGGCGAAAGGAAGAGGACGGUUGGCAAAGGGCAAGGGACAUGUGGAUCCACUGAAGAGCCUGAACGCACGCGGGAGAGGAAAGAAGUAACGAGAUUUGAGAGUAAGUUUUCGGAGUCGCGCACGGAGCGAAGAUGAUGAGAUGAAGUCGCCGAGGGACACUAUCUGGUCUCAAAUGACUUCUGCACGCGAGCCACCCGC